AUGGAUGUUGUCUCGAUGAAUUUCACCGAGCAAGUGUGUGGAUUCGACCGACCAGCUAUCAAAUCUCUUGUUAUAUUCGAUCUCCAAGUUACGAUUCCCCAUGUAGCCAGUGCUGUGGAGUCGAGUGCAAGACUGAGAAUGUGGAUGCCUCGUAACGAGCAUCCAAUGGAUGACACCCCCCUGCGGCUUGCAAAUUUGAAGAUGGAGUUCAUAGUGACGACCGUGAUCGUGUCGUCGGUCACGAGGUGUGCUGUGACCCUGUGA